CCUCCGCCCGUCCCGCCCCCCAUGGCGGCCACCCCGCCGUCGUCGCGGGACCCGUCGCCGCAGCCCCGCCGUCCCGCCGCCGCCGCUGGCCGGCCCGCCGCCAGCGGCACCGGCGCCGGCGCCAGCGGCAACGGCAAGCGCGGCGGCCUCCUGCUCGGCCGCUACGAGCUGGGCCGCGUCCUCGGCCACGGCACCUUCGCCAAGGUCUACCACGCGCGCCACGCCGACACGGGCGAGACGGUCGCCAUCAAGGUGCUGGACAAGGAGAAGGCGCUGCGUGCCGGCCUCGUCCCGCACAUCAAGCGCGAGAUCACCAUCCUCCGCCGCGUCCGCCACCCCAACAUCGUGCGCCUCUUCGAGGUCAUGGCCACCAAGUCCAAGAUCUACUUCGUCAUGGAGUUCGUCCGCGGCGGCGAGCUCUUCGCGCGCGUCGCCAAGGGCCGCCUCAAGGAGGACACGGCCCGCCGCUACUUCCAGCAGCUCAUCUCCGCCGUCGGCUUCUGCCACGCGCGCGGCGUCUUCCACCGCGACCUCAAGCCCGAGAACCUCCUCGUCGACGAGCGCGGGGACCUCAAGGUCUCCGACUUCGGCCUCUCCGCCGUCGCCGACCAGUUCCACCCCGACGGCCUCCUCCACACCUUCUGCGGCACCCCCUCCUACGUCGCGCCCGAGAUGCUCGCGCGCCGCGGAUACGACGGCGCCAAGGCCGACAUAUGGUCCUGCGGGGUCAUCCUCUUCGUCCUCAUGGCCGGCUACCUCCCUUUCCAUGAUCAGAACCUCAUGGCCAUGUACCGCAAGAUUUACAGAGGGGAAUUCCGCUGCCCGAGGUGGUUCUCCAGAGAUCUCACCAGCCUGUUGAAUCGCCUUCUCGACACCAACCCGGAGACAAGGAUCACCAUGGCCGAAGUCAUGCAGAGCAGGUGGUUUCAGAAGGGAUUUCGGCCUGUCAGGUUCUAUGUUGAGGACGAUCAGCUGCACAGCUUAGGGGACGGUGAGAGUGAGGAGCUGGGUCUCGUCGAACCUACCGAGCCGCCGCCUCCUCCUCCUCUUCCGCCACCGCUGCCACCACCACCGCAGCAAGAGGAUGAUGACUCAGGGUGGGAGUCGGAUUCCUCCGUCGCAUCCUGCCCUGCCACGCUGUCGUCCGAGGAGCGGCAGCGGCCUGCCGGGCGUCUCACACGGCCAGCAAGCCUCAACGCUUUCGAUAUCAUAUCCUUCUCCAAGGGAUUUGAUCUAUCAGGGCUGUUCGAGGAGCGAGGGAGCGAAGUGAGAUUCAUCUCAGCACAGCCCAUGGAAACCAUUGUUACAAAAUUGGAGGAGAUUGCCAAGAUGAAGAGCUUCUCCAUUCGGCGCAAGGACUGGCGCGUAAGCAUAGAAGGCACCAGGGAAGGGGAGAAGGGGCCAUUGACGAUUGGGGCUGAGAUAUUUGAGCUUACACCAAGCCUCUUGGUGUUGGAGGUGAAGAAGAAGGCUGGGGAUAAGGCAGAGUAUGAUGACUUCUGCAACAAGGAGUUGAAACCUGGGAUGGAGCCUCUCGUGCACCACCAACAGGGCUCGGCUCGAAAUGUACCUUCUGAUACGGAGUAGUUCUAAAGAAACCGAGCAGAAGCGAAGGGUUGCAAACAAUUCAAUUCCUGUUCCUGCAAGGUCACAAACAUAUGUUACAUAUCAGUGUUAUUCAGAAAGAGGUGCGGUAAGUUACUUGCAUAUUCUAAUAAUCGUCUAUUAAUUCCAAACCUGUUGGUCCAGAAAAAGGAAAGACAAACUGAAGUUUAGUGCAUAUCCUUUUCUGCGUCAAACAUUGCAAAUGAAGAGGACCAAUGGUUCUGUGCUCCUGUAUAGUCGUGUAUGCGAGAAUAGGUAAGACACUUAGCAUGUACCAUGAUUCUGGAGUUGGAUGGGACGAUAGGGCAGGAGGGGCUGCGAGGAAUGUGUCAAGGUUGGAGGAUGGUCAAUGUAGGCCACUGGGGCUUAAGAUUGGACACUGUUAUAUGAAUAAAGUUAGAGCAGGCAUCACACUGAAUAAGGUGAAGUUUAGGGGUCAGGAUAUAAGCAUUUACUAAAUAUUUUAUGUUGCAUAUGCCUAUUCCUAAUCUAUUCCAUGUACAUCAGAGGUUGAUAUGUUAUUUCAGAGAGGUACAAUUAAGUACAGUAGCUUCCAAGCAACUGGACACUUGAUAAGUUUUCUUAUGUAAUCAUAUGAAAUUUGAUAACAUAACUUAAUUGUUAUAAUAAUAUAACUAAUAUAAGAACAGUAUGGCGUGACAAAUUACAAAGGGAUAAUAGCUCAACCAGGCCAAGAAUUGUGACAAAAGAUCUAUUUUUAGCUGAAUGCAUACAGUUGUCACACUGAAUAAGGUAAAGUUGGCCAGGUUAGGGGUCAGGGAUAUAAACAUUUACUGAAUUAUUUGUGUUACAUAUGUCUAUGCCAAUCUACUCCAUGUACAUCAAAGGUUGAUAUGUUGUUUCAGAGGAGGUGCAAUAAGCACCUUCCAACACUGGGGUAAUAGGAGCUCAAUCAUACCAGUAACUGUGAUGAUGAAUGGUAGCUGAAUGCAGUGAAAAAAAAGAUGGCAUGGUUAAUUUCUGAUCUUCGAUUAUGGAUGUGUUCUUAUCCAGUUUUGAAGAUGUACAUACCGGCAAACUGAUCGUGUGAAUACCUACUAUGCCACCUUUUCUUGUUUAUUAAUUCACUCCAUCAAAUAAAUUUACAAGUAGAUUGAUUGGGAAA